CCUCUCCGGCAGCUGUUGCUUGCCCUCGCAUUGUUUUCUACCGUGCGUGUCAGACGUUGGCUGCAGGCUGCCAGGAAACCGCAGCCAGAGCCCUCGUCUCCCCUCUGAUUGCUUCGGUUCUAUGCAAGUUCAAACGGAUGUAGCUCUACUCGAUAUAGCUCCACGGUUCUGUGUGCUCAGUUUCCACAAGCUGUCUACAUCACCUUUCAGGCGAAUCAGUACUUUUGAAGCGUGUUUGCUUCGGUGCAGUUCCAAUUCAGUGCCGUGAAGAUCUCAUAUAUUGCGUUGGAAAAUCGUUUUGCAAAGUAUACCGACGUACGAUGCUAACGCCGUGUGUUUUGUGCCUUCACAUUGCGGUCCCGCAUGGCAGUGACAUGCUGUGGACAAGGGACAUAUAAAAUGGCAGCACUUGUGACAGGACUCGUUCAUGGAAGCGAUUCCAACUGCGCUGGUACCCAACAAGUUGUCUAGAGUGUCUUAUUGUUUCAUCGUGUGAGGUGAUGUUGGAGCGGUGGCGUCGGUGUUGCAGUGAGGAGGUGUUGCCUUGCGGCGGCGUUGUUCACGUUUGUUGAGGAAUAUCGUUGGAAAUAGUUUGUAUUACCAUGUCGACGUGGCACAAACGACAGUUUGGACGCCUGGUGUCAUUGGUGGAGACUGGAAAGACUUUGCCGUCGAGGCAGACGAGUAUGCUCUCUGCCUGGGUGGCUGACAUCGUCAGGGAAGGCGGCGGCGCUGUCCUAGGGGACCUAUCCACAUCUUCUCUCACCCGCAAGUCAAAGACCCCGAGCGUGUCAACAGUCCGUGGCGAGGAUGACAUCUACGAACUUCUGUCUGGCUGUGAUGAGGUUGGAGAUCUCAGCAGUCUAAGCACAGUUCAAUCUGCACCGUACGGAUUAAGCGAGCUGGGCGAUGGAUCUCCCACGGAAGACAAAAGGGACGUCUACAGCCGCAUCUUUACCAAAAGGAAUCGGAACUGGGACAAGGGCUCGCUCAGCGGUAAAUCCAAGGCUGUGAGGAUUGUCAAGGGCAGAAGCCAGGAGCUCCAGCCGGCUCACCGUAGCAAGAGCUUGACGCAGAUCGACUGCAUAGAUUCUGGCGGCUCUAUGGUUCGGAAGGAAGAGCAGGAAGCAAGCGGAGGGAGCAGCCCUUCGGAUGCAGGAGCGGGACCUCCACCCCUGCUGCACGCAGGGGCAACGGGGGGCAGUGGACCUCUAUUGCCACCUCCUCCUUCGCCAGACCGCCUGUCUGUGCCUGACGAGUCCAGUUCUGCGGUAUCGCAAAGAAGGCUACUCAGGACCACCAACAGGGUACCGAGCCAAGAAUACGUGAGCAUCACCUUAGAAGAUGAUUAUGGGGAUCAACAGUUCGAAGCCAUUCCUGCCAUUAAAGGAGUCAUUUUAAGGGAUGCCUUGCAAGGAGUGUUGGAAAGGAGAGGCCUGGACGUGGGGUGUGUCCACGUCUACGUGGAUGGCUCCAAGAAAACCGCCAACCUCAGCUACGACACGCACAAGUACGCGGGGACCCACAUCCGGGUUAAAGCCAAAGAAGGGACGGAGCUUGCCAGUUCUGUCACACGUGCCAACAGCACAAGUAGUUUGACAGGAGGUUCUUGGAAAACUCCAGCUUCUCGCACGAAUAGCAAUGCUGGACCCAAAGAGGACAAGAAGGAGCGUAAAGUCUCAGGAAGUCAAAGAGGACGUCGUGGUGCCAUGUCAACGGAAGACUUAGUUAGCGACACAAGCAUACUCACGAGUGCUAGUCAAGAAGGAACUUGGAAAGCUGCCAAAUCCAGACCUACCCUCGGGAAGCGUACUGGGAUACUGUUGAAUGCUGCGAGAAUGGAGAAAGUGUCUCAAGACAAGGAAGACAUGCGACUGCUUACUGAACUCCUCAACAGCUACGACCAAAAUGGAAUCCCCAAUUUACAAGGACUUCUCACAUUUGGUACUUCCUCAAAUGAGGAGAAGUUUAAGCUUGAGGAUAACUGGAGGGUGAUUGCAGAGAAUGCUGAUUCUUAUCCCAAGAGGGUCCGCAAUCAGCAGGACGCCAUAUGGGAGCUGAUAUCUACAGAAGUUUCAUACAUUCGCACACUAAAAGUUAUCACAGAGCUGUUCCUAUCGUGUUUAUGCAACCUGCAAACUGAAGGAAUUCUGCAAGAUAUUGAUACCGAGCAGAUGUUCAGCAAUAUCACGGAAGUAUACCACGUGAACCAUAAUUUCUGGGACACUUGCCUGAUGCCUACACUUGCCAGUGCGCGUCAUCAUCGGGGGCUUCUGGAUCCCAUCCUUCUCAGAGAUGGCUUCUUACAGUUUGAAAGCUCUUUUCAGCCGUACAUGAAGUACUGCCUAGAACAGUCCACCUGCUUACAGUACGUGAAAGAAAAACGCAUAGAAAGUGAUCUUUUCAAGACCUACGUGGCAUGGUGUGAAGCAAGGAAAGACUGCGAACGGCUUCGCUUCACUGAUCUCCUGGUGAAGCCUAUGCAAAGGCUGACCAAGUAUUCAUUGUUGCUGAAGGCUAUUCACAAGAAGACAGAUGAUGAGGAUGCGAAGCAUGCGCUGAUUGAGAUGAACGACUGUGUUGGCAACUUUGUCUGUGCUGUGGAUGGGAAACUCAGGCAGAGGCACGAACUGGAAAGACUGAAGUCCAUCAUAAGCCGAAUCGAAAGCUACGACCCAUUCGACAUCAGCAAUGAUGAAGUGGAAAAGGCAUUAAAAGGACAUUGUGAUCUGGAUCUUACCUGUCCAAUGCCGGGGUGUGGCAACCAGCAGAGCAGGCAACUUCUGUUUGAGACAUCUGGCAUCAAAAUGAAAGAUGCAGGAAGCUCUAGCAAGGUGGACGUGCACUGCUUCUUGUUCACGGACAUGUUGCUCAUCUGCAAAUCACUGAGUAAGAAAGGGGACAGAGUGAAGGUGAUCCGGCAACCUUUCAUGGUGGAACGCCUCGUGAUCCAUGAGCUCCGGGAUGGCAGUGGUCUGAUCGUCGUCUACCUCAAUGACUUUGGUGUAGUCUCCUCCUACUUCCUCCUUUACACAAAUGAUACCAGAAAUUUUGUGGACCAAAUCAAGAGAGCACAGGAGCAGUACCGAGAAGCUCGUGCCGCAGCAGCCAAUGAGAAACCUCAGUUUGGCUACCUGCGAGACUUAGAAGACGAGGAAGACUACGACAUCCCUCGAAGUGCUCUGCUGGCAGCAGCACGCUCUCCCAGGAGCUCUAGCCAUUCAAGUCUGGUGCACUCACAUAGUGGGUCCAUUGACAUGAGUGACCCUGCCUCCACUGCCUCAGUUGCUGCCAUUCCUCCCGUUCCCUGCCCAACUCCAUUGUUUGGCUCCUCCAUGACGAGUUCAAACCAGGGCCGUGCCACGAGUUUUGAGCUGGGAGAGCUUCGCAACCCCAGCAUGACCUGCGACGACCUGGAUGAACACGGGCGCUCACGCAGCAUGGAGACCCGCGCGUCUGGUCCCGUGUGUGUUACGGUCACCUCUCCGAGGCCCGAAAGGCGGGCCUUCCUCCUUCGUGGGUCGGGCAACAACCACGCCCCAAACACCCUCACGGUGAAUGUGCCAUUCACCCAUCAAGAGUCAGAGGAAUCGAGGGAACCCCGCAGCUAUCCAACCUCUCCUACGAUACAGGUCCCCGUUUUAUCGCCGCAGUCCAAGAGCCUCUCUCCAACGUCCUCCUGUGGCUUCCACUCUCCCAAGCUGUGCUACACUGGGCGCAUCUCCCCUACCAGCUGCACAGGCAAGCCACCUCUCCUAAAGACGAAGAACGUGUCAGGGCUGGCAACGCACAGCGCACCUCCCAGCGAAGGCCCCAGCCCUGUGCACAGUUUAGAGGGUGUUGAGGGCCCACUGGAUGACACUGCCCUUCCAGACUCUGGAGAUGACAGCGAAAGGAAACGGCCUUCGCGCCGCGCCGGGCGCCCGGACCGGCGCCACCACACGGCCGAUUCGUUCGAGCACCUGAAGAACCAGCGGGACCCAUCCAUUCAUAAGCGCCUCUCGUGGAACUGUGGUCAGCAGCACGACCCCAGCAGGCCGCCCUCACUGUUGCCUUCGGAAGUGCUGCUGAAAAACAAGCACGUGUCCAAGUGUCUAAGCAGCGAGUCCAUGUACAGCUCGAGUGGUGUGAGCAGUACGGGAUCCUUACUGUUUAGUAGCACGGGGAGUGGCGAGGGCGACGCGUGUGACUGCUGUGAUAUUGCUCGUGAGGAAGACCAUCCUCCCGUGACUAAUGGGGGUGAGGAAGAGGGAACAGGUGACCUGCAGAGAAGUCAGCCGGGUUCGAGCAUCAAGAUCGACGUGAGUGAAGUGAAGGACGGCAUCUCGUCGGUGCAGAUUGUGGCUGGGGAUGGGCCGCUGUCGGGCGGCAAGCCCGGGAAGCCCUCUCGUUCGGACCUGCAGAAAAUGAAGGAAUUCCUGCUGAAUAGCUGUUCCGUCGAAGCAUCUGAAGUUUGACAAUGUCUUUAAUGAAGAAGCACUCAUUGAGCAAGCACUGCAUAGGACGGUGGUCCUUGCAAUAGAAUGGAGAGAGCAGCCAGCUAGGAAUAUCCAGCAGCUCAAGCGUGUCGUCUGGCCAAGCCAUAGAACAGAUCGGCACACACUGCACGGAACAACUGUGCCUUCUUCCUUGGAAUGGCUGCUGGCACAAGCCACACACACAACUGCCUCCAUCUUGGACAUAGUUCAGACAUAUCUUCGGUGUCCGACUUGUCUCUCCUGCUGUUAGAAUUGCCUUCCUCGCAGCAAAUGACCACGGCCUCAUUCAUAAACGCUGUACUCACAGUUCACAUCUGUGAAAACACUUUGUACACAUAGUACCAACACGUUUUCAUCACCGACAUCAGAUGCGAGUGUUUAAUCUCUGUAACCAUUCAUUUGCUGCUGGGCUGCAAACGCGGCUGGCUAUUUAGUUGGAAGCCAUUUUUCUUUAGUCAGUGUCCGCUCCUUGUUUCAGAUACAAGAUCUCUAGUUAUCUUAGCCAAGACUCGAUUGUUGUAUUAUUUUAGUGUACAUAACUAAAGGUGUAGACGUAGGUAGAACUUCUGUACAUUGAUUUUAGAAUUAGUAUAUGUUACUCUCAAAUGUUUCAUUCUCGUCCCGAUUCUUUUAGACAUGCAGGAAACAACACCACAAUAGCAAGACUACGUGACCAGUUAUCUUUUUGUUGUACAGAACUCCCCAUGUCAUCUAUGAAUGAGCAUUGCUGAGUGUCUUAGACACCCAUAAAUUUUUUUCCAGUGAAAUUUCACAUUCUGCAAACAAUCAGUCAGCUAUGUCUGUCUGUGGAGACUGUGACAGUUACGUUUCUUUAAGCUCUAUUUCCAUUUUUCUGACAGUGAUAAAACACAGUCUCAGAACAUGGUCAAAACCGGAAACGACGAAAAUUUUGAGGUAGAGCAAAAAACAUUUUUAAUGAUUUUGGUGACCCGUUUGUGGUGUUUCCUGCCAUUGGCAAUGGUUGAUCUGCUCAGAUGUGUCGAGUCACACAUGAGCAUGCAUCGCACUUCACUCUUCUAUGCAUGAGACUCACGCAAGUGUUACGGUGCAGAAGUAUAUCAUCACGAGAGACAUGUAUAACCAAAAUGUGCGUGCACUGUGAUGACGUAUAAAUCAUGUCAGCUCUGUUUCUGCUGAUUUUCAUUCAUUAUCGGUGCUGCUACCUGUCCUCUAAGUCACCGUGGCUGUCUUGAGUGCCAAAAUUCAUUUUUUUUACUCAUACUUGGUACCUUUCGUGUCAUAUACGUUUGCUCCUAAACUGUAAGUUGCUCGUUUGUAAAUUUACUUCAGCUCCAGCUUUUCAGUUCUAGCAUACAGUGUGCUUUUGGAAAUAAUUGAAACCCGUGGCGAAAUUGCGAUGUCGGAAGUGCUGUGCAUAUAAAAAUGAGGUUUCUUUGCGCACUCACCUUCGGAACUGUGAUACACCAAUAAAUUACUCCCAAAUGCA